AUCUCAGGGGCAACAGAUCUGGUUUGCUCGGCUGAAAACACCAAACACAACGGAAUGGAUUUCUGCACGACGUGAGCGAGGAACACCUGCCUCACACAUUAAAAAAUAGCCAGGAUGUCAGGGAUGGACGUCCUGUUGGUGGACCACAAUGAGACUGCAAUCUCUCCAAUAGACAAUGGGACCUUCCUGCGUUUCUCCCCAACUUCUGCAUCCACGUCUGCAGCCGCCUCCUCGCCAGGACGUCCGGGCAACGUUUACGUCUACGUGUGGCUCUUCCUUGGCCUGUUGGUGUUCCUCCUGACGCUGCUCAUCAUCUCCCUGCACAGGCUGAAGAACAUCAUCUCCUCCUCCUCGUCUGUCCCCGACUGCAGCAGCGAGGGAGGGAGCUCCUUUACCAACAUGGAGAUCUGCAGCAUCUCGUCUCAGAGGUCCACUAUCUCCUCACUGUCCACCUGAGGGAGAUGGGACGCACAGACAUGUGUCCAUGUGCAUAUCCUUGUGCAUGCAUGCUUACGUGCAAACAGCCGGCAAGCAUGCACACACACAAAGCACAUGGAGGCCUAGCACCUCCUCACUGUGACAUACAAACACAAAAACACUCUGUCAGCCGCAAAGAAGCUGACGGCACGCCAUUAUUGUGCACUCCAUGCAUGCAUAUUCUAAUCCCAGUGGUACAAUAACUGUGUGUCCAUACAAUUUUUCCACAGGCACAGGGGAAAUAUAGCUGAGGAGGUCUUGAGGGGUGAGAGUCACUGAACUCUUCUUGCCUCAUUUCAGCAACGAAGACAAAUAACCCAAGAAACUGCUUUCCCUGUGCAUUAUAAUCGUUAUGUUUUUGUAGAGUUCAUUUCUUGUACUGUACUUGUCAUGUUUACCGCAGGACAAUAAUAUUCAAGUUUGCACAGCAUGUCUCAUAAUGUCUGCAGUCUAUGUUGUAAAAUCAGAAUUCCAAUAAUAU